AUGAAGAGUCGGAGCCGUAGUUUACCCCGGGAGACAGUCACAUCGCAAAUGCUCUCAACAACUCCCGCUAAAUCAAAGGUAAUUUCUACGGUUUUGAAAGGAAAAUAUGAAUAUUUUUCAGACAACAAGAAGAUCAACGCGAAUAACGGCGACGCCAAAAAGGUUCACGGAUCAAAGUCAGAAAAAGGCGACUCCAAACAGAGGGAAGAGUAUAAAUUCAGUAGUUCUAAGUAAAAGUGAGUUUUGAGAUUGUUUUAUGAUGAGAGAGAAAAUUGAUUUCAGCUGAAAAAGGUUGUAAUGAAAGUGAAGCGCCUCGGAGACGUAUGCCACAACAUAUCGUAUUUUUCCUCGUCGUCUUCUGAAAAUGGUUCGUUUAGUUUGAGAAAAUUUAAUUGAAAACUGUCAAGAAAAAGAAGCUUUUUUUAAAAAUAUAUACGUUUAAAAGUUCAGAUUGAUGAAUGAAUUGAGAAUUAUAUAGUAUGUUCGAAAAGUAUUUCUGGAUUUUUCCUUUUUUUUUGGACCAUUUGAUUUUGGUGUUUUUUUCACUGUUCCCCGAAAAUUGCCUCGAAAUUAUUACCCUCACUUUUUCCAGAUGAUUCCGAUUGUGACGAGACUUACUCGUCGGCGUUGGCGGCCUCAGAAAACGUCGAAGAAGAUUUUUUCGACGCUGAGGACAUGGAAAUCUCGGAUAUUUUCGCCGACGUCGACGGGAUGGAAGUCGACGGAAGCCUCAGCGACAAGGAAAAUCGGAGAAUGACGAGAUCUUCGAGCAGAGUUCGUCAAACGAAUUGUACUCCCGGAAAAGCUGUUGAGACCUCGAAGACUCCAAAAACCGCUUCUGUGGUUCGUAAAGGAAAAAAUCGUUUUCAGGAGAAAAAAUAGCUUAUAAAAAACAUUUUGAGAGACUAAAUUCAUAUUCAUAAGGUCUACGAAUCAGGGUACUUUCAGCAAUAGAAAAAAGUUCUCCCACAUAAACUUAAGUACUCAAGAGUGGUCCCUAUAGGGGCAGCCAUGGUAGGAUUUUCCUUUAGUGUUUCAUACCCUUUAGGGACUAGCUAAGUUUUACCCUCAUAGGAACUGUUUUUUUCUCUUUUAAACCUUGUAGGGACCACUUUGGCCUCCUAAAAUCCGCGAAAUAGCUUGUUUUUAGCACUAGAAGAAAAUUCUCCCAGGCGAAGUUUUUUUUUUUGAAACUUUUGUCAGGUCCCUUGGGCGAAUCGAUAGCAAACAAACCUUUUUGAAUCCGGAGAUAAGAAUUCAAAUUUUUGAAAAUUUCUGUGAAACUUCUGAUGACUGCCUUAUUUUCCGUUUGAUGCAACUAUAAUAAAAUUUCAGUCCCGAUCCACGAGAGCCUCGCGAAAUCUUCUGAGCGAACUUCCGAAGAAAAACAGUUCUUCAACGCCUUUCACGAGGAAGAGAAGCGGGAAUGUGAGGGGAGAGGAGGAGACCCCGAGCAAAGUCGUGGCUGGUCGGUUGCGGAACAUCAAGGUGUUCGACGACGACGAGGAAGGAUCUGAGGAGUACGACGACGACGGCGCCAUCGAUCGGAUGAACAGCAGGGUCGCCAGAAUACAGUCAGUAGUGGGAUAUGUUCUGGAGAAUACUUUCCCAGAAAAAGCGUGUAAAAUUGAAAGAACACCUUGAACAUCGUGUUACUUGAAUGUAUGAUUUUUAAGUGGAAAUUGAAGCGGGGAAAUGAGGAAAGGGCGAAUAUCUUCAUCUGUCUAUUUAUGAUAGAUCUAUCAGACGCUUAGUUAGAAUAACUUUAAAAAAAUGGAGGAAAAAAAAUUUUUUUGGUUUUUUUAAGUACAAAUCUUUGAAAAAAAUAACUUCAUCAGUGAGCAACAAAAGCGAAAAUCUGUAAAGUUCGAAUAAAAAUCUUUAGAUGAAAGAAAAGUAACAAGAAAAAUAAUAUAUUAAAUCUAACGUUCAAUGCGAAUCUUUCAAACUAUUUUUUAGCGCUUUAUACGAAAAUUUUGAUUUUAUCCGCUAAAAAUAGAUAAUGGAAUAAGCAAAUCCAGCAUUUCAUAAAAAAUGACAAGAAAUAACGUUUUUGAUAUCAUUCAUCACGGUUUCAGAUUGGAUUCAAGUUUAAGGUUUCAAGAGCAAACUCGAUCCUCUCUUCCUUGAAUCGUUUUAAAGUUCCCAUCAAAAUAGAAUUAUGAUUCAAAUUUCAUCACAAUAACGUAUUUCUUCUGCUACCAAAGUCGAAAAAGGCUCCAUAAAGGUUCCUUUUUGCUGCCCUUUUGACCCAUUUUCGCUGUCUCUCCCUUUUUCCACCAUUUCUCGAGCCUUUAAAGCUCUGGGAGAACUAGAAGUCCCGAAAAAGGAACCGUUUUCGCUGCCUUUUUACGGCCUUUUUUGAGCCUCUUUCCUUUUGGAAGACAUUAUCCACCAUUCCGACUUUUCCCGAGACUUUCAAAAACUAAAAAAAAAUUGUUCUCGUUCAGGAAAAAGACUCGAAAUCCCUUCACGCCAAUUUUCGAUGCCAAUAAGAAAUCCGCGAAAAUUCCUGCUUCCGGGGAAAUCGACGACAAUUUCCCCGUGUUGAGAAGCCGUAUUCACUUUACUAUACGGCCUGAGAAUUUUCUGGAUAUCAAUGGGAUAAGUAAGGCUGAAAAGGUAGGAAUUGAGGACUUAAAAAAAGAGAAUAACUUCAAAUUAUCUCAGCAAACGAAAAAGAAGCCGCCAAUUACUCCGAUUCGUUUGAAACUUGAUAAAACACCUGGGGGAACUAGAAGAGUUCAGGUUUUUUUAAUCAACUGAAAAAUUGAUUGAAAUGGAUUAUAGAACCUCAAGUUUUUAAAUCGACGUCGGGAUUCCAGUGACGACGAUUCAGAUGAAGAUUCACCUGUUAGAACUCCGAUCCCGAAAGUUCGAAUACCGGUUUUAUUUCAAAUCUUCUUCGGAAAAUUAACUUCCUGUUUCAGAGAACGGUAUUCGAUCCUAAGAAGCCCAUGACGACCAAGGACAAGCUGAGAAAUUUGUCCAAUCGACUUCAUCUUUCUGAGGUACUUUUUUUUGGGAAUUUAUGACAAUUUUCAGACAUUUUUGGAAAGUUUUGGCUUUUUAGGCCUUAAAGAUGAGUUAUUGGCUCUAUUCCUAUUUAUCGAUUCUUUAAAAUCGAGAUUUUAGAAUUUUAAUAGUCUUUUUUUGAUCAAAAAAAUUUUUAUUGCUUUUUCCUUUAUUUAAAGCUCUGUAGUUCCAGAAGAACUUAAUUUAAUAAAAUCGAUUUUUUUCUUCUAAUUUUUUUCUUUUUCUUGUAAAAAAAGCAACAGGUUUUUUUGGCCAUUUUUUUGUGAAAUUCCUCAAGUUUUUUUCGCUUUUGACCUAAAAAUUAAAAAAACGUUUAUUAACCGAAUUUUAUGAAAUUAAUAAAAAAAGGAUCUUUGUCUUUAAAAAAACAAUCGCAAAAAAACUGAAACCAAUAGGUACUUGGAAAAAAAUUUCAAGAAAAAAAUGUAGGUGCCACCUGAGUUGCCUGGCCGAGAGCUCGAGUCCCAAGCGGUGCGGAUGUUGAUCGAAGAGGCGAUCGACCCGAAAGAGGGCGAAAGUCGGGCCAUGUACAUCGGAGGAGCGCCCGGAACUGGAAAAACUGCGACGGUUCGGAAGGUGAGGGGCAGAAAAAUCGAAAAAACUCUGAGUCUCGAAGAACGAAUAGAAUUUAUGAGAAAAACUAGCUUUUAGGCGAUCCAGAAAAUUUUUUUAUUUAGAUUUAGAGUUAUUAAGACUUCAAUAAAGUCUUCUAAAAGGAUAAAAUAAAUUAACUUUCAGCAAUACUUUAACAAUCCAAUGGGGAAAAAAAAAUUCGUUAAAGCUUUUUUGAUGCGAAAAAAAUGAUAAUGGAAAAAAAGAAUCGACUAGUUUCAUCCUUUUUGUUUAAAAUUUUUAAAUUUUCAAGCGUUUUUGAAGCUUUUUUUGUAUAAAAAAAUCACUGGGAAGUUAUUUUUUCAACAAAGGUUUGAACUCCUUUGAAGUGAGAUAAUUUAUUCUCAGAAUGAAAAAUAAUUAUCAAGUGGUUUCCUUUGCAUUUUUGGUAGAAAACUCUAAUUUUUUCGAUUUUUGUUACGAUUUUUUUUUGUGAUAAGUUCCUUUUUAUCAACUAAUUGAAUUUUCUAAAUUAUUAUCUGUUCAUAACCACAAUUUAUAGGUCAUCGAAACUCUCCAAAAGUCGAAAAAGAACAAUUUCAUCUUCACCGAAGUCAACGCCAAAAUGUUCCGCGCCAAAGUUUUCGUCGAGAUUUACAAUGGGUUUGUUGAUUAUUUGAAAAUCAGGGAUAUUAGGAGAUUUUUUUGUUUGUUUUUUUCAACGAGGUUUUCAUAUCUAUUCUCUCAAGACAAACAAUUUUGUAUUUUUCAUUAUUAUUCAUAUUAUCAAGUUUAGACCUAAGUGGACUCUUUACGGUUUCAUACCACAGCUGCAGAAAAAUCCAUUAUCGAAAAUUGAUUUUUUUAAACUAGUUUUUUGUGAAAUUUUGUUCUAAAAUAUGGUUUUUCUCUUCUCAAAAAUGUUCUUUGAAAGUUCAAUAUUUUAACUUUCAAAUGGGCCUUUUCGGUUCCUCAACUAUGAUUUCUCUUUAAAAUGGUCAAAAACCAAGAAUCUGACUGAAUAAAUGAUUUCUUGAACAGUUUUGAGCUUAUAAAAAUUGCCGGCGAUUACUGAUUUCUGCACAUUCCUGCUUCUUACUAAUUUGUUAAUGAAUUAUUAUUAUAAAUAAAGUUUUUUUCUUCAGUAUCCAAAGCACGUGGAAGGCGACGACGUCUUCGGCGAAGAUGGGACCGGCGACGGCGCGAAAAAAGCUCAACGACAUGUUGAAAUGCGGAGAUCGCUCCAGACCGCCCAUCGUCAUUCUGAUCGACGAGCUCGACGCUUUGUACACCAAGAAACAGGAUGUUAGUUGGGAAUGAUAGAAGAAAUAUCUCUAAAAAAUUAUAGAGUUUCGUAAUUCCAACUACUAUGAAAAAAUAUAUGGCGAAUAAAAAGCCAAAAAAAUACAGUGUUUGAUGAAAUUUCUAGAAAUCGUUUAAUAUUAUUUUUCCUUUAUCGUUCAUGUGAUAACAAAAGGCAGUUGAAAUGGAACUGAAAAAUUUGAAAAAAAAGUAACAAAAACUUAUGAAAAUCUUUUAAAAUUACAUUAAUGGAAGAUAUGACUCGGGCAAUAUCAGAAUGGUAGACAUAGAACGCUAAAAUGGAGAGGCUCAAAAAAAGGCCGCAAAAAGGCAGCAAAAAGGGAACUUUUUUCACCCUAAAAAGACAAAUUUCUAUGGGGCCUUUUUCGACCCUUUUCGACUUUGCCUACUGAUGUGACUCUUUAAAAGUUUAAUCAAUGACUUCCAAUUUCAAAAGGAUUUUUUUGAAGUUUAAAAACCAUUUUUGAAUCUCUAUUGACUUCUGAUUUGUCCCAGGUGCUCUACGACAUCUUCGACUGGACGGCGAUCCCAGAAUCUCGCGUCACGAUCAUCGCCAUCGCCAACACGGUCGAUUUCCCCGAAAGAAUGCUCUGUCAGAGGAUUUCCAGUCGAUUGGUGUGUUUUCGAUGAGAAAAAGUCUCUGGAAAGUAUGAUUUUUAGGACAAACGGAGGUUGAUCUUCCAACCGUACGAGUACGAUCAAAUCGAACAGAUCAUCCACGCCAGAAUCUUUUCGCCGGAUGUCAUUGCACCAGAUGCCGUGAAAUUGGUGUCCAGGAAGGUUGGUUUGAAGAAGAAUGAAUAAAUUGGAAGAUAGGGUCUCAAAAUGUAGGAUCUAGAACAUAGGGUGAUUUUGUAAAAAUCUCCAGAAAUUUAGCCCUUUUUCCAGGUUUUCUUAGCAUAUCCAAUAAAAACACUUUUUCACUUUUGAGCCUUUUUUAUCGUGUAAAUGUUGAAAAGCAACUAAAAAGCUCUGAAAAAGAAUAUCUGAAGCGUUUUUCCCAUUAUUUUAGGAGUUUUUAUCUUCAAAGUAAAUGCUCUAUCAUACUUGUGGAUUAUUUUAAACAUCGAGUCUAACUUCUGCGAAAUCAAAAAAAAAAAAAAAAAUCAAAAUUUGCAUCCGUUGAAAAAUUAAUACCAAACUUGAGAUCAAAAAAAGGUUAAUAAAAAAAAGAAAAGAAAAAAACUUUUUUUUUUCAAUUUAUUCAAUAAUUUUCCAAGACAUGGGAGGUCAUUUUUCUUUGCGGCUGUGAAUUUCCUGAAAAUUGGCCCGAACACUCCUUAAUGUACCAGAAAAAGAAUCUGAAAGUUUCAAUCUGCACAACUCUUUAGUUUUGGAAAAAUAACGGCUCAAAACCUCAAAAUGGCCUUUUUCAACUGAUUUUAGUAUUUAUUUUUUUUGACUUCAAAAUCUCCUUUCUCAAAAGCUAUGGAGUUGUGCAGGCUGAAGUUCCCAGGAUCUUCUUUUGGCCAUCAAGAAGUUUUCUGGCAAAUUAUCAGGAAGUUUCCUAUCGCCAAGUAAAAAACUUCCCUUGUGAGGCUGUCGUGUGCUCCAAUCAUCCUUGAAAAAAAUCCGUUUUUUGUUCAAAUUGGUCAUUUAUCCUUUUCCUGAGAAAGGCUUCAUGGAUAAUCAAUAAUUGCAAAGAAACCUUUUUUAAAAGUUUUUCAGACGGUUUUUUUUUUGAGGUUGUGGAUCCAAUGAUCAUACAAAAUUUUUUUGCCAUCAAAUUUUUGAUUUCUCAUUCUGAGCAACGAAAAAAUCGUCGAAUUUUUGUUUCUCCAGACUGAUUUUUGCAGAUCGCCGCCAUCAGCGGAGACCUCAGACAGGCUCUCGAUCUGCUCCGCCGCGCCAUCCGCUGUGCGAUCAACGGCGACGCCCAGCAGCUCACUGUCCAACAUGUUUGAAGCCCGGAAACUCCGCCUUCCAACCCCCUUUUUGCAGGUUAUGGAGGCCCAACAAGCCGUUUCGGAGCCGCCGCGAGUCCGGAUCGUCAAGGGACUCAAACUCCAUCAGAUGAUGGUUUUUAGGGCUGUUUUGAGCGAGGUUCCUUGGUUUCAGAACCAGAAAAGAUAUGUAUUUUGAAGAUCCAAACGACGGCCCAGGAAGAAGUCCUUUUCAUGGCGGUUUAUAGGACUUAUUGCAUUUUCUGCAACCAAUUGGCCGGAAGGGAACCCUUCGGCGACAGUUAUGUCUAUGAGAUGUUGCUCAUCUUAGCCAGUUGCAGGUGAAUUUGUUUUUUAAACGCAGUAAAUCGAGUUGAAAUUUCCUGGGUACAUUUUUAAUACCCGAAAAGGUUUCCUGUUUCAAAUAUUUUCGCAGUUCUUAUCCUCUUUUUCUUUUGAACUUGAUUCCUCUUAAUUUUUUUUUUACUGUUUCCUGAACUUCACUAUUCUAUCUGGAGUAGCUUGGCUGGGGAAUUUUGAGAGAAAGAAACAGUGGAAAGUGGAAGAACAGAGAAGGAACAUGAAGCAAGAUAAAAGUUUAAUAUGUUUUGAAUUUUGGUCAUCAAACUGUUUGAAAAAAAUUCAAUUGAGUUGAAAUUUCCUGGGUACAUUUUUAAGACCUGAAAUGACGGUGUGUUUUAUACAUUUUAACAGUCCUUCGCCUCUUUUUCUCAUUUGAAUUUCCUUUUUCUUAAUCCUAACCAUUUCCUCACCUAGUUUCAAGAACUAUAUUUAAAUAUUGUUUCUUUAAAACGGAGAAUUUUUGAAAACAACGGAGAAAAAAGUGAUAGAAAAUAUGAAGAAAAAUGAGCUAAGUUGAACGAAAUAUCAAGGAAAAUCAAGAAAGGUGAGAAAUCUCAUGUAAAUCGUUCACGUUGCACUCGCAGAGUUUCAAAAAAAUUAUUUUUUUCAAUUUCCACAUUUUUGCCAUAUAUAGUCGAUUCACGGCUAGCUCGGGGCGCAAAGGGGCGUAGCCUGUCUGCGCUCUCCACCAACCAGGAGGUCUUUAUUUUUAAAUCGCGCCAGGACCCCUUUUUCGACGGCUCAAGUCAGCCGUUAAUCAGCUAUAAGCUUUGUGAAAUUUUGAGUGGACUUUCCGAAGUUAAGGGAAAAUGUCUUUGAAUUGUCUUUGAAAAUGUGCCUUUAAUUAGCCAAUUAACUCGACGUUUUUUCCAGUUUGGUGCGAUUGGUCGGAAGCAAAAACUGCGGGAUUCUUCAGCGACGAAUCCGGCUCUGUCUGACGACGGAUGAAGCGGAAAAAUGUAUUCGGCUGGCCGAGAAGAAAAAUUCCGCCUAG